UCGCGCGUCUCUGGCUCAUAAAAGCUGCGCGCGCAGCCAUCGGUUUUCACGUCAGAGGAUACGCUGCGUAAAUUGACAUGAGAGAAAUAGACACGUAUGCGCGAUAACGCCCAUUGUUGCUACGUCCCUGUUCGCAACUCUACGUGCUAUUGGAUGCUGAUCGUUGCAUGCAAGGUAUACCUGUAUACACACCGCACGCGUACACUGUACAAGCUAUCGGCGCAUGUUACCGAUAGCGGGGAUAACCGAACACGCCCGAACACCAGCGAACAUUGCCGAUGCAAAAUAGCCGACAAUUGACUGAGCGUCGAGGGGUCGGACAGAAAAGAGACAAGCCAUUCCUUCGGGGCUGUAGUUCCUCGAAAAAGCACCACACACUCGCAGCAAAUAUAAAAGCCAGUUAUUAUCACAUCCGACAGAUGUCAAUGGACGGUCCAGGUACAAUUACGUGGGACGAGUUCCUCGAAAAUGCCGAAAGAUUCGUCGAGAUGUCGUGUCAAAUUUCUGACGGAUGGGAACUUCGAGGUGACAAGAAGGUGCCAGGAGAGGCGUAUGUUGCCCGUAAACAGAAACAAUACAUACGUAGCAGCGGUAACAACAUAAACGAUCGCCCGACACCGAGAUACAGCGACGACCCUGCCGAUGAUUUCGACUUUGUAUUGAAACAAGAUCCAUUCGAGGCCACCUGCCCUAUCGAGUGGCCAUUAGUUACGGAGCAUCAUGUAUUAUGGUCCAUGAGCUACAGCGUCCCAAUUCUUUAUUUCAACGGAUGGAAAUCAGAUUUCCCGGGUGUCAAUCCAAUAUCCAUGGAAGAAGCACAGUCUCUUGUUCGUAACGGUGAAUUGAAAUACAAGGAUUUAUCUCAAGCGAUACACCCUAUACUAGGUACGCCGUUUUUACAUUUACAUCCUUGUAUGUCUCACGAAUUGUUACAGAUUACAAGCAACAGUAAAAAUAAACUAGUCAGCUGGUUGAGUACUGUUGCUCCUGCCGCACUUAAUCUCAAAUUACGUUGCGAAUAUUGUCAAUUGACCAUCUAAUUGUACCUGUAUUUUUGUUUUAAGAAAGCGCACGUAUCACAUAUGUAUCAAAUAAAAGUGAAUUGCAAAGGUU